UUUCCUCUGGUCCAAAUUUGGGUUGCUGUCUCUAGCUAAUCUUGCUGGUCAGUGCUGCUGAUCGUAAUCUUCAAGAAAACAUGGAAUUGAAUGAUAGAGAAGCAGCAGAAAACAUGGAUUUGAAUGAUAGAGAAGCAGCAGCAGGUAAGGAUAGAAUCAGCAACUUAACAUAUUCUCUCAUUCAUCAUAUACUCUCCUUUCUUGAAAUCAAGCAAGUUUCCCAAACUAGUGUCUUGUCUAAACAGUGGAGAUGCAUCUGGACCUCAAUUCCCAUCCUUGUUUUUCAUGAGAGGACAUAUUACCAUCCCGAUUCGUAUUCGCAGGCCAAUAAAUUUAUGGAUUUUGUCGAUGGAACAUUACUUCGUCGUAAUAAUAUGUCAGAUAUAGAAAAGUUCUCUUUGACCCAGGGAAACAACUUGAAUGAAUAUCGUGUUAGUUCAUGGAUCACAAAUGUAAUUAGCCGCAAUGUUCAAGAGCUCAUUCUAUCGUUAAGGCAAGAAGACCCAUUCAUCAUUCCCAUAUCUCUUUGUACUUGUGUCUCCCUGAUUUCGUUGACGCUAGAAAUAACCCCAAGUAUCUGCUUCCCUAGAAAUGUAUCUUUUCCAAAACUUAAACACCUUACACUUAGAGGUGUCCUAUUUAGCAAUGAGUGCUGGAAUGAGAAGCUGUUUUCGAAAUGCCCGGUCCUCGAAGACUUGAUUUUGGCACACUGCACUUAUGAUACAAGGAAUUUUUGUAUAUCAGUUACUACACUUAAAAUCUUGAGAAUUCAUCAUUGGGGUGACCAGGAUGGUUUACGAGACUGUGGCCUCCAAAUUCAUGCACCAAAUCUUGUUUCACUCUCCUACCAGGGUUGGGUUCCAAAGGAAUUUGUCUUGUAUACCUCUCCAAAAUUAGUUGAAGCACAUGUACUUUUCUUCGGCGAAUAUGUUGUUGCAACAAGGGAGCAAAGGAAGAGUUGCAAUACAUCAAUAAUUCAGUUUCUUCGAGCCCUUACGCAUGUAAACCGUCUAAUUGUUUUUAAUGCAAUGCUGGAGGCUCUCUCUGCAGACAAUCUAUUAGAAAAUUUGCCAACAUUUCAUAAUACCAAACAGUUGAUCCUGAGGGAAGAUAUUGCUGAUAAAGCAUUAAUUGCUUUGCUCAAAGCAACACCUAAUCUGGAGUCACUUGUAUUUGACAAGAUCCGCAUUGAUGACGCAGAAGAAGAUGAUGUUGCUGGGAACGAGGCUGAGGAAACAUUUAACCAUGACAACGAAGAUGAUGAUUGGAUACUCAACGUGGUCACUCCUGGAUCAUUCCCUGUACAGCUUAAAUCGGUUUGCUUUAAGGAGUUUAUUGCGAACCCAAAGGAGAUGAAGUGGGUGCAACUGAUUUUGAAGAAUGCAAAAGCUUUGCAAACUUUGACUAUUUCCUCUUUUCAGUAUUCCGACCUUUUAAAUGGAAAGACCAAAGAACUUAUGAUGGAGCUAACGAGUCUUCCAAGAGCCUCAACAAGUUGCACUUUGAAGUUCCCCUCUUGGCGUUCGUAGUCUGUUGUUUUUCUGUGAACAGAUAAAGAAAGAAAGAUGGAAUCUUUAGCUUAAUUAAAAGAAGUUGUACCGUAAAAGUUAAAUUUGUUCAUGCUUCUCUCUUGAAAGGUCAACAGAUUACAGAUUCAGUUUCUCUGUCUUAUAAACGUGAUAGAAUUAAAAAUGCAGAACAAUAACAGGUCACGUUUUCAGGAGUUUAGACUUUUGAAAGUAGUGCCCUUUUAAAU